AUGCUUCGGGGUCAGAAAAGUAAGCUCCAUACCCGUGAGAAACGCCGCCAGGCUCAAGAAGAACCUGAGGGUGUGAAGGGUGCUCAAGCUAUUGUAGCAGAGAAAGAAAAUUCCCUCUCUUUUUUGUCUCCUCAUUUCAAGGAAAAUCCCCAGAGGUCAUCUGCUACUGGAACACCCAGCGAUCAGCAAGAGCCAGGGAAAGCCCCAUCCACCACUGCUGCUGCAGCAGCUGCUUCAUCCACAAGAUCUAAUGAAGGCGCCAGCAGCCAAAUUGAGGAAAGGCCAAAUGCUUCACAGGCCCAGGCUUCCACUGAGAACAGGGAAAGAAGCCCUGUAGAAAAGAAGGCUAUGAUGCUGGUCUGUUACCUGCUGUACAAGUAUCAAGUGAAUGAGCCCGUUACAAAGGCAGAUAUGCUGAGAAAUGUGAUCCAAAAGGAUAAGAACCACUUCCCUGAGAUCCUGAGGAGAGCCUCUAAGCGCCUGGAGCUGAUCUUUCACCUUGACGUGAAAGAAGUCGAUCCCAACAGGAGCCUCUACGUCCUCGUCAACAAACUGGAACUAAGCUGUGAUGCAAGAGUGAAUGACAACACAGGCAUGGCCAAGACUGGCCUCCUGAUGACGGUUCUGGCUGUGAUCUUCUCAAAGGGCAGUUGUGCCACUGAGGAGCAUGUCUGGGAAGUGCUAAAUAUGAUGGGAGUAUAUGAUGGGGAAGCAUUUCAUCUAUGGGAACCCAAGAAGCUUCUCACCGAAGAUUUGGUAAAAGAAAAGUACCUGGAAUAUUGUCAGGUGCCCAAAAGUGAUCCUCCAAGCUAUGAAUUUCUGUGGGGUUCAAGAGCUUACACUGAAACCAGCAAGAUGAAAGUUCUUGAGUUUUUGGCCAAGAUCCAUCAGACCAUCCCUAAUGCCUUCUCACUGUUGUAUGAAGAGGCUCUGAGAGAUGAAGAGGAGCGAGCCCACGCCAGAGUUGCAGCUAGGGCUCGAACUGCUGCCAUGGCCAGUGCUCGUUCUAGGGCCAUUUCCAGCAGCUUUUCCUGCCCCAAGUGA